CAAAUUUUGAUAGUUGUAGGUUGAGUGAAGCAUCAGAAGAACACGAUUCUAUGGGAGAAAGAACGACGGCAGAUGGCAAGCUGCAUACUCCAAACAAAGAGAUUAAACGCAUGAAAGCUGCUUUGGUUGGAGCCUUGAGGAGAGAAAAAAUGGCCGAGACUACAAUCCAGAAUUUAAACAUUGAAAUUGAUCGCAUGAAAUGCUUGGCUCAACAAAAGGAAGAAGAUGCUCAACAUACUUCAAUUAUGCUGAGCCACUGCGAGGAGAAAAUUAAACAACUUGAAUUGUUGGUAGAUGGUCAACUGUCAGCUGAGAAGCAUCUCAUGGAGGAAAAUAAGGCUUUAAAAGAGGAGUUUCGGCUUCAAUUAUCUGGUUAAUACUGAUUUGCAUUUCUUUUAAAUAUUCUUCUAUCUUUUAGCCUGAUGAAUGUCAUUGGUUGGGUGCAGCUCUCGUAUGGUUGGGCUUGUUCAGCUAUUGCUAAAAUCUAAUGCCUCAAACAGCUUGAUAUAAGAUUAUGCAGCCUGCCUUGAGGCACGGUCAGAAGAAUCUCAGAAUGUUGAAAAUAAUAAUAAUAAUAACAAUGAUGAUCUGGGCAUUCUUAUUCUACAAGUUCGUCUUCACUCCUUGCAUUUGUUUGUUUUCUGUCUUUCCUUUUUUUCAUCUUAAAAUGUUGUUUAUAUCUACCUUCUACAUGUUGCAGCUUCUAAUUGACAACAUCAGUAGGCCAGCUCCAAAUAUCACUCACUUACUACUUAAAUUUGAUCUAGAUACACCUGUAGAGCGGACAAUUUUACAGCCUAAAUUUUAUUACAGGUAUUGUCUACUG